UAUCGGAUAUCUCUGCAGGUUGGAUCGGCCCCAUUCCAAACUGGGUGUAGUUUAAAGUAUAAUAACAGAAUAACAUACAAUUUUGGGUGAUUUACUUCGUAAAUACUUUGGAAGUAUUUAAAAUAAUAAAAAAUAGGGAAAUAACACAAUAUACACAAACAUGCCAUUAUGAAAUGUGAUCUUUUUGGGAGUUUUCCCCGUUCUGAAAGAGGAAGCUAUUCUCAUGUAUUAAUCUGCCAAACAGAGGAAGUAUAAAACUAUGCGGAUGUGAAGAGAUGUCAAAACAUGAGAAAACAGAUAUGAGGAUAUGGUUUUUUCCAACAGCCAACCUUCAGAAGUCGUCUUUCUCUCAGAGAACUAUGACAACACACUUAAAAACAUACAGACUAGAAGAUAUGUACAUCAAAACUGUACUUAUUCUCUCAGGAGCAGUUUUCAUCUAUGCGCAAAGAGGUUGGGAACUUUGUUACAACUAUGGCUGCUUUGAGACAAGUGACACUCACAUGUCUUUGACACUGGAUGAUGACGAUAUCUACUAUGCAGACUUUAAAAAAGAUCGUCUCAUUUGGGAAAGCAGACUGCCUACAAGUUUCCAGGUUUCCUGGGCUUACAGUUAUGCAGAAUAUUACCGAUCUAUAUGCAAAGGUGAUGUGUACCGAUGGAAACCAGACAAGUCAGCUGCAACAAAGACUAAAGUGGCACCGACAAUCAUCGUCUACCCCAGAGAUGAAGUAAUAAAAGAGGAACAGAAUACUCUCAUCUGCUUCAUCAACCAUUUCUUCCCUCCCUCCAUCGACAUAAAGUGGACCAAGAAUGAUAUAGAAAUAACAGAGGAAGAUCCUUUCAACAAAUGCUUACCUAAUCCUGAUGGGACGUUUCAUGUUUUGUCCACCCUGGACUUUGUCCCAAGGGAAGGAGACAUCUACAGCUGCACUGUGGAACAUGAGUCACUGGAGGCGCCUCAGACCAAGUUUUGGGAGGUGGACACAGAUGAGACUAGUAUUGGUCCAGCUGUCUUUUGUGGACUUGGCCUGAGUCUCGGACUUCUUGGAGUUGCUGUAGGAACAUUUCUUUUUGUGAAAGGAAACACAUAUCGGGGCAUCCUGGAGGGCUAGUGGGUCAGAUGUAUACCACAUUCAGCACUGUGAUCACAUUGUCCCUGUCACAUGUUUCUGGCCAGCAACAUUUGUUUCAUUCCUACUUUUUCUGUUGCCUUGUUUCACCUCUGAACAGUUACCUAUUGAUUAAAAAUGCCCAAGAUACCUUUAACAAAAGGAAACGUAUAUGAAUCUGAAUUAGAAAUGUUCUUCCUCUCCUGUGCUGUAUGACAAAAUACACAAUACAGGUUUGUCUUUGA